AGUAGCAGUCUCCUAUUGGCUAAAUCCAGAGAAAGGAGGCGGGAAAUCGUAUGCACGUGGGUGGCCUAGCUGUUCUCGGGUCCUAGUGCCCAGCCCUUUAACCCCAGCUCAACCCCGCGAGAGGCCGGAAGCACUUGGAAGUCACGUGCUGCUCGGGUCGCUGCAGUGAUUGGCUUAGCUGAACGUGAACAGUGCGGCGGUGAUUGCUGAAUUUUUUUUAUUCACCCCGGCCUGGUCUUUGUAGUCGCCUGACCUUGCAGUGCUAGAGCGUUUGGGGCUGUGGGUUGGUUGUAGGAAUGAGAAGCGCGCUGGUGAUAUUGUAUCCCCAGUGCACUUGCCCUCUUCUGUUACCGGGAGUGCAGGAGAUGCUACUUUGCAGGCUUCUCGGUGUACACCUUUAAUGGCCAGGGGUCACAACUGAAAGCAUCGAAAAGUCGCGCUGCGGAUCUUCAUAGGGAGACAGGAGGAUAUAUAUGGCAGAAGGCUGAAAAGCUUCUCAUCCAGUUAUUCAGAUGCAUCCUGCGAGCGAAAAUGUGUCCUAAGAGUCACUAUUGGAAUAGUUUUGUACGACCUGCUUCCGACGGGAGAUGUGAGGUCCCUUCAAAAGCAAACAUCUGAAAGUAGAAUCUUGGGCGAUCGAUGGUGUAUCAGACUUGUGGAUGAUUCGUGGACCGUUUACCCAGGUGUUCUGUGCAAUCCAGGGCUUGGAAACACUGGCAAGCUCCCUGAACUGGGCAUCUCUCUGGUGAGGAAGAAGAGAGCAGGCCUGUUCUCUCUGGGAUCCUGUGGUCACCUCAUCGGGAUCCCUGAGUGCCUACUUCAGGUGUCGUCAGGAUGGAGUCCUGAAGUCCAUGUGGCUGUUUGCAGUGAACCAGGUGUUAAGGAAAAUGCAGAGACGCCACAGCAGCAACACGGAUACCAUUCCACCUGAAAGAAACCGCAGCCAGACGCUCAGCCCCGAAGCCAGCGUGGAUGAAGGCGGUGUCUUCGAGAGCCUGAAGGCCGAGCCGGCCUCCUCACCUGCACUCUUCUCUGGCCUGGCCAGCAGCCUGCCCACCAGCCCCUUCCCAGCCAGCCUGGUGCUGGGGUCCUCAGUGAGCGGCGGGGACGUGUUCAUCCAGAUGCCCGCAUCCAGGGAGGAGGGAGGUGGCCGCACCGGCGAGGGCAGCACCUACCACCACCGCCAGCCCCACCACCACUUCCACCACGGCGGCCACCGAGGGGGCUCCCUGCUGCAGCACGUGGGUGGGGACCAUCGCGGACACUCGGAGGAAGGGGGUGAUGAGCAGCCAGGGACGUCUGCCCCUGCCCUGUCGGAGCUGAAGGCUGUCAUCUGCUGGCUCCAGAAGGGGCUGCCCUUCCUCCUGAUCCUGCUAGCCAAAGUGUGCUUCCAGCACAAGCUCGGCAUCGCCGUGUGCAUCGGGAUGGCCAGCACCUUCGCCUACGCCAACUCCACGCUCCGAGAGCAGGUCUCGCUGAAGGAGAAGAGGUCGGUGCUGGUCAUCUUGUGGAUCUUGGCCUUUCUGGCAGGGAACACCCUGUACGUGCUGUACACGUUCAGUUCCCAGCAGCUGUACAACAGCCUCAUCUUCCUGAAGCCCAACCUGGAAACGCUGGACCUCUUUGAUCUGCUGUGGAUCGUGGGCAUCACAGACUUUGUGCUGAAGUACAUCACCAUUGCCCUCAAGUGCCUCAUCGUGGCCCUGCCCAAGAUCAUCCUGGCCGUCAAGUCCAAGGGAAAGUUCUAUCUGGUCAUCGAGGAGCUGAGCCAGCUGUUCCGAUCACUUGUCCCCAUCCAGCUGUGGUACAAAUACAUCAUGGGUGACGACUCCUCCAACAGCUAUUUCCUGGGAGGGGUCCUGAUCAUUCUCUACAGCCUCUGCAAGUCAUUUGACAUCUGUGGCCGUGUGGGUGGAGUCAGGAAAGCCCUGAAGCUUCUCUGCACCUCUCAGAAUUAUGGUGUCCGAGCCACUGGGCAGCAGUGCACAGAAGCCGGAGAUAUCUGUGCUAUCUGCCAGGCUGAGUUCCGAGAGCCUCUGAUUCUCCUGUGCCAGCAUGUGUUCUGUGAGGAGUGCCUCUGCCUGUGGCUGGACCGUGAGCGUACCUGCCCUCUCUGCCGCUCAGUCGCCGUGGACACGCUGCGCUGCUGGAAGGACGGGGCCACCUCUGCACACUUCCAAGUGUACUAGGGCCGGACCCCGAGGAUGCCCGGCAGACGCCUGAGGGUCAUCGUCCUGGGCCCUGCGCUGGGGGCUUCCUGGAAAACAGUCUCCAGUGCUUACGUCAGCCUUUGCCAACUCCAGCCCCGAGGGCAGGCCUGGGCCUUCACCAUCACCCUCCACCCCUUCCUCCCGAGUUCUGCGGGACAGUGUGAGCACCCUUCCCCUCCUCGUUCAGACGCGGUCUCCCCCAGGUAGGUAGGUCAUCCAUCCCCUCUGAGUCAAAGAAUCUGUAACACAUGAAGUUCCCCGUUCUCCUAAUCUACUACUGAGUUGCUAAUACUCAGUGCGGCAAAUGGGAGGAGCCUGGCCGUCACUCCUUCUCCACAUGGCCCAGGCCUGCAGAUUAGAGUCACUGUGAAGUCUUUGAAAGUCCAAAUGCUGGGUCCGCUGUCCACCUAGAAUAACUUAACGGACACGUCACUUAGCAUGUGCUAGGCACAGCAUGGAGCAUCCAGCUUGGACCACUUCUGGUCAUCCUCACCAGUCCUGUCACCGAGGUACCCACUUGACAGGUGAGAGACUGAGGCACCCAGUGUGAUGGGGUAACUUUCUCCCAGGUCACCCAAUUAGUGAGGGAAGUUUCCAGCCAACUUGGGCCUGGUCUGGCAUCAGAGUCUGCGGAGGCUGCAGGUGUGGGGCCCAGUAGAUCUGGGAGGUUGAAAGCACAGCAGAUGAUUUUUAAUGACUUUGUGGCCUUGCUGGGUACAGUGGCACAUGCCUGUAGAGCCAGCACUUGGGAGACUAAGGCAAGACCGAGAGUUUGAAGCCACCUCGGGCUACAUGGGAAGAUCCUGUGUCAAAGAAAAGAAAGAAAGGAAGGAAGACUGCAGUACAGGGGUCCCUCACUUUGGGUACAGACCACACGAGAAUGUGAGCCGUGCACACCAGAUUCUGAAAUCCGACUGUGGCUGGGCCCCGUGGAAAGACCUGUUCCUUAAAAUUCUUUUUCUGGGCUCUGGCUACAGUGUUCAAUCCCGUGUGGGUUCAAGAAGUGUCACUUUAGCCCAGAUGUGGAUAUCACUGGGUCUCCCAUUGCUGUUUCUUUUCUCCUCUUUUCUCCUUCUGUCCUCUCCCUCACUUGCACCUCAGGCCUGUCAACAGCUUCUGUGGACAUGGCUGUCUCCCCUGGGAGCCUUCAGAGCAAAAGGGACAAUCCAUGUUAUGGAUUUUUCUUUGAGCCAGGGUGGUAGCGAGGACCACAGUAGGAGCCAUGUUUUGCAAUCUCUAAGACAAAGCUGUUUGUCUACCCAUGCAACUGCUGCUUGGAAAUCUGGUAUAUGAUGGCACAGGUGACACAGAAGCCACUGGAAUCUUGCCCGCCCUAUCCCUCUCCCAAUUCUGUUCUGGCACCAGCGGCAUUACAGAGAAAGCCUCUGUCUGGCUGGUGAGCAGAUUAGCGUACAAGCCCCGAGGAUUAUAGCGGAGCCUUGCUCCCCCCAGUAGAUGCAGGCCAUUUGUCCCUGUGUGCCACCAUGCCAGGACUUCGUCUUUGGCUUCACAUCUUUGGCUCUUUCCUGGUACCCAGCAAGACAUCCCUUCCAGGGCAGCAUGGCAUCUUUCAAGCUCUGUUACUAUGGCAAUGGCCAGUGAUGUUGACAAUCCCGCUUGCCUGGAUAAUCAAGUAGGAAGGGGAAGCAGAAGGAAACAUCCCCCUCUUCUCCAAAGGGAAGCAACAGGCACUUCUGCACCUGGUUUUUAUCAGAAAUUCAGUCUGCCUGCCGAUGCUGUCAGGCAUGAGGAACUGGAGCUGGACAGGACUUAUUCAAGUGUCAGCAUGGGACAGAGAAGACGAGCAGUCUGUUGGGAGUCAGACCUGGAGUCCUGACCGCAAACUCUGCGUGACUUUGGGAAGUCACUUUACCUCCUGUCCCAUCUCUGUGUGACGAAAGCUGAUGUGUUGUUUGCUGGAAGCAAGGAAACUAACAUUGUACAUUACUGGUGAAUACACCAAAUGGCUUUGCCAGUUACACCCAUGCCACUAAAGGAAAUUUUCCCUUAACAUUUUGCCAAUAGUGAGCCAUGCCUCUGACGCUAUAAAGAAGGUCACCUGUGGGGGACUUCUGGAGGCAGGUGGGAAGGUUUAGUUUAGAAUGUUAUUUAUUCAUUCCCUACCCUCCAGGGAGACUUUGCACCUGGGGGCUUUCUUCUGAGCAGGAAGAUUUUCCUUCUGCCCCAGAGGGCAGCAGUGGCUUCAGCAGAGAUUUCCAAGCACCAGACUGCACAAAUUCCCCAAUGCUGGAGUGAAAGCAGCCAAGAGUCCCUGCUGAAACAGAACAAUGUCACUGUCCUUUACCCAUGUUCCCUGCAACUCAUAUAUUAUAAACAGGAUUAAUCAAGUAUCAGGUUCUGCGUGCCCUGCUCUUAAUAUUUUAUGAUUCACUGAGUCACAGAGUGGUCAGAAAGAAAUAGUCCUGUUCAUAUAAACAAACCCGAGAGUAAUCAAUGUGUGGGAAUAAGGAAUGCAUGCUUUGGACUUAGAUGUAACAGGCACACCAUUUUCCAAAGAAGAGGCUGUGUGGAGCCCCGAGGACAUCCCAGCUGCUAAGGAGGAGGAUGUGUGACAGUCCUGGAGUCUUUUAAUACUUCCGUUCUGGGGCAAACAGCUGCCUUUGGUGUCUUUGUGUCUCCUUAAGUACCUUCUGCCAAUAAAUGUCAUCUGUUGAUGGAACUAA